CAAAGAAAGAGUGUAUACUUUCGAUGGUCGUGCCCGUUAGGUCGACCUGGACUGGUUUGUCCGGGGGCUUAUAACGGGCCCCGCCAGACCGCCGCCGACUGUCGCCCCGAGCACGACCAUUAAGUUUUCCACCAUGAAGUACGUAAUACUGCUGUGUGCGCUGACGGUGGUGGUGACCUGCCAGCAGUCCAACAAAUACGAUAACUUCAACGCUGAUUCCAUCAUACAGAACGAGAGGAUCCUCCUUGCUUAUUACAAGUGCGUCAUGGAGAAAGGACCCUGUACGAAGGACGGGAAGAACUUCAAAUUAUACUUGCCUGAGACCCUGUCAACCGCGUGUUCCCGUUGCACACCAAAACAGAAGGACGUCGUGCGAAAACUUCUCCUCGGCAUCAAAUCCAAGAGCGAGACCAGAUUCUUCGAGCUCCUAGACAAGUACGACCCCGCCCGUGCCAACAGACCAGCUCUAUUCAACUUCUUGAUUACCGGCAACUAGAAGACUACGAUUAAUG